AUGGACCCUGUGAUGCUUCGCAGCCGUAGUGCCGGACACAGUGCGCAGCAGUUGCUACCAUUGUGCGACCAAUUCGACGAGUUCAUGACUCACGUCCACCGCACACUCGGUGGUGCGUGUUCCAAUAUGACAUUCACAUUCUAUGGACAGGCAACCAAGCUCGACCGAUACUCAUACGCAUACCUGAAGCGGGUUCGUGCAGAAGCCCGUGUCGUCGAGUACGACGCACGACCUGACAUCGUCAUGACAGCAAUUUCUCAGACCACGCCUGCAACAGCACCAGCCACCCUUCAGAUUGACCUGUCCGAUGACGAAGACGAGUCCCACGAAGGCGAAGCGGCAAGCACAGACAGCACCUCUACCAUUGACUCGCACUUUGCAGCGCAUUCAAACAGACGUACUCCAGGAAUCAGAUUGAUUGGCAGACAACCUUACAGCACCAACCGGCACAGGAAGACUUCCCCAUGGACAGCGUCCGUAUAUCCAUGGCUAUGCGGGCAUCCUUGGCGGCCGCUCUCGGUGCAUGUGAAAGAUCGCUACAUGACAUGCAAGGUGACCGUGUCAGACCAGCUUGUGCAGGGAGAGGGCUUUGGCCAGAGCCUGAGUGACGAUGGUCGCAUGGACUGUGAUGACGACGAUGAUGCUGGAUGCGACAGCGAUGAAGACAGCACGGCACACAUCGGUGCCAUCUCUGCUGCCACCACGACGCCAUCAACAACGACAACACCACCCGUGUGCCAGGACGCACCCGCCACCGCUGCCACCACUGCUGUCACCACGACGCCAUCAAUAACGACAACACCACCCGUGUGCCAGGUCGCACCCGCCACUGCUGCCACCACUGCUGUCACCACGACGCCAUCAAUAACGACAACACCACCCGUGUGCCAGGUCGCACCCGCCACUGCUGCCACCACUGCUGUCACCACGACGCCAUCAACAACGACAACAUCAUCACCAGCGCAGUCGGGCAGACGACUAACCGAGGCAGAGAUACGUCACCGUCUCAACAUUCACGGGCUGAUCCUCAAGCGCACACGGUUGCACAAAGGCUACCCAGUCUACACGUGUGUUUGCAAAAAGUGCGGCGAGCUGCAGCAGCUCCAUUCUGUUGCCCCGACAAAGCUUGGGCGGCAUAGAUCUCGUUGUCACAAGCGGACUGGAGGAAUGCGGCAGCUAAACAUAUUCCAAGUGGCAAGGGCUGCAGAGACAGCUGUUCGCACCAAGCGCAUCGCCCCGUCCCUGCAUGUGCUGCGUCGAUUUCUGCAUGCUGAACUUGAUUGUCUGCAAGUGAUCAACGAAGUAAACGAAGACAGCUCGUAUAUGCCAAGUCACCUUGCCAUCCUGUAUUCUACAAUGGAAGAUGGGAUGCCCUCGGUUAUGAGAGAAUGGUUGUCUCUGGCUCUACAUCGACAUUUCGGGGCAACUCUGCCAACAGCCAGGGUUCCGCAAACGCCCGCACUGAACAUGCUAGCAGCAAGUGUGUAUGCAGGGAUCAAGCCUUACACAGCAAUGCGCAAUGCAGGCAUUCCGCUGCCGUCCGAGCGAACGAUGCAGAGGAAUGCGCCCCUGCCUCGGUUUCAAUCGGCCGUCGAUGAUGAAGCUAUUGCUAACGCAUUGAGACUCCUCAGUAUGGACGGCGCCACUGCGAUUGACGGGUGCCUUUCGGUUGACGGCAUGGCGUUGAGUUCUUGCGUGGAGUUUGUUCCCAGUUAUGGCCAAGUCACUGGACUGUCCGACACGACCUCGGCAGAAGAGCUACGUGCGGCUGUGGAAGGCCAAAGCCUUGUGCAGUGGGUGCGCAGCGCGAAGCUCAUACAGACAGCACACAUUGCAGUCGUGACCACCCUCGACAGCACAUUCUGUCUUCCAGUUGCCAUCACGUACUCUCACCAGAUGUCGGCGUGGGGUGACUUUCACCGCAUGAUAAGCUCGUUCUUGGACGGCAUACAUCGCUGCCUUCGGUGCAUCGACGCCAAGUUGGAAUGCAAGCUUGAUCCAGUGUCUGCCACUUGCACUGCAUGUGACACAGCAGGAACCCGUUGCAUUUUCUUCAACAUCGUGGCAAUCUCCACUGAUUCAGAAGCAGGGCAGCGCCGAGCCCUUCAAGAGGGCUUUCCGGGCAUCACAAGCCUACUCGACGUUGGCCAUGCCAUCAAGUGUCUCCGGAAUGCACUCGUCAACGCCUUCAUCCGCCUCAGAGGGUUUCCAGUGAGCACUCGUAUGCUAAUCGGGCUGCUUCCACUUUCGACAGUGGUUCCCGCAGACAGAAUGGCACACCUGCAUGUGCGGCGCUUGCUUGAUGCUGCCGAAGACCUGCCCUCAGGAAGCACCGUCGUCACACUGCACCCUGAUCCGUUGUUAAACCAGAGCUGGUCAUGCGGCAUCAUUGUGGCUCUGUGCUCGUGGGUGGAUGCAGACUUCUUUGUUGAUGACAAUGGCCAGUUCUUUCGUGCACGGCGCAUCUCGCGGCAGCCAGAACUCCUCUUCAAGUUUCAGCCUGGCCAGACCACCAUCUCCAGAGCUGCUACUUAUAUAUUUGUCAUCGUUGAUGGGCGAAUCCAUACUUUCGAUGCCCGCUCUUCACGCUUCGUGCAAAAAGAAACAGAGCAGAAGACAAGAAUUGUCGACAACGCAAAGUGGUGA